AUGUUCAUACGGUUGUUAAGGGCUGUGACGUUGCUGCUCAUCCUGGCACUCAUGCGAGGUUCGGUCAAGACCUCACUGGACGCGUUGAUUCACUUGCUGGACCCGUCCAAGAAGGAAGCGGUGGACGAGAAGCUCCAGUCCGCGGCCCCGCAACAGGUGGAGGGCUCUACCGCGCCCGUCGUGGCUUCCGACGCUGCCGGCGCAGCAAAGGGCAAGGGCCGAGAAGAAGCGCUGCGCAGCGUGGUACCCUACCUCAAGCAGUUGGAGGACUUCCGCAAACACAAGGAACUCUGUUCGCUCUUCGACGAGGCCUAUCAAGGCACGUGGCGAUACAAUUGGCGCGAUGCCACCUCGGCCCUGGCGUCCGCCUACGGUCUCGGCCACAGUUCUGGAGGCACGCCCAUCGGCGCCGCGCUCCCAAGCAUCGCCGCCUGCGGACGAUUUUUGUACAUUUUGAACAGUAGAGAAGGGCUACUUAAGGUGGGCACGGGUAUUGUGGGCACCCACACCGUGCGAGGGCAUGUAUACAACUACAAGACCAAAUACGCCGGGCAGCCGGAGCAGCGUCCGAGCACCUUGACGGGUCAGCACCACGGGGUGGUGUGCGACGGCUGCCAGCGCUACGCCUUCCGCGGCCAGCGGUACCUGUGUUCCGACCCCGUGUGCCGAGAGUACAACCUCUGCCACACCUGUCAGCAGCUGGGAGUUACCAACAAGCAGCACCAGAAAGACCACGCCAUGGACGUCAUCGCCGAGCCACAGCCAGCCAAUGCUGUGCCCGCUCUGGCACCGCAGUGCCUGGCCUCUGGGUACUUCUUCACAACCGGGCACCAGCUGGGUGUGCUUCUCCCGCCGGGCGUGCCGCCGAACACCCUGCGGCGCGGCAAGAUGAUGUGUCGCGUCUUCAACAUGCGCCAGGGUCGCCACGUCAGCGACCUCAUGGUGGAGAACGGGCAUAACGGACAAUGCAUCUGCUACGAUCGCAAGAACAACCUGCUGUGGAUGCACUCCUCCGAAACGUCUUCUGUGCUGCACUGGACGCACUUGGGCAAGACCAGCGACACCUUGGCUGCCAUCUAUGCGCUGCUCGAGCGCGCCCUCUCCAAGAAGAACGGAGCUGCGGCUGGUGAACCCGAGGGCAGCCCUGGCAAUCGCCCGGACGAGCCCUUGUCCGAGGGUGACGAGGAUGCUGCCGCUGCAGCGGCCGUAACAGCCACACUGGCAGGUCCCAGCACUGCUAGCGCCGGGUCCUUCGUCAUAAGCUCCCUCCUUCAAGUUCUGGCAGCCAAUGUGCAGCACCUCAUCCAGGUGCUCUCGCCCGAGGAAGCCAGCAAAAGCUUUGGGCUCGUGCUUCUGGACAUCCGAGACCUUCUCCUCCGGCUUGCGCUGGGCCGAGUGCUGCCGCAACCCACAACGACCACCACUACCACGACCACCGCACCCGAUUCACAGACCGGAGAAAAGCGGCCGGGAGACAAAACGCACGAUCGGGUCGUGCAGGCCGACGCCCGGCGCUGCUUGCUGGUGGGCCUGCCCAUCUUCUACCCGACGCACGACAAGCAGGUCCAGUUCUUGCACGAACUGCUGGCCAUUCUCCAAGUCGAGGAGGAGAAGACGUCCGUCGCAACGGAGGGCCAAACGCCGCACCACACUGCGCACAGCCACCUCCCAAGCCCUGCGAGGCUCCUCCUCGACGACCUGCUCGAGAAGCUCUCCCAGGAGCUUGCCCUCGGCCUGGGCGACAUGCUCUUCGCUCCGAUCCUGUCGGAGGUCGAAGCCACCGGGGCGCAGCGCAAGGAGCGCGGGGCCGCCGACGCUGAGCCAUCGAGUACCGCGGAGGCCAUGGACCGGGCAGUUGUCACGAGCGAGUCCUCGGAGAAGCUGGUGCGCGACCUGAUCGAGCUCGCCGUGGGGCUGAUGAAGAAGAGCAGCGAGGAUGCCAAGGUGAGGAAGACCCGCAUGGAGCAGGAGGUCAGAUCGCUGUUGCUCGACACCGAGGGCUCGCCGGUCGGACCGACGGCUGCCGAGGAGGCGCGCACAAUCUACAACGUGCUUCUCGCCGUGCAGAGGGACCUGCUCAGCUCUAUCGGCUUCUCCCCCAGCAUCGAGUCCUCUGGAGAAGAAGAGGAGGAACCCGCCAUCGCC